AUGUAUCGCUUGUCGAGCAUUUUCCUUCUUUUCAUUUAUUACUUUAUAUUUGUGGAUUCAAAUGACGGCCCUUCUGAGUCGCCGAUCGAAAAUGAAACAACGGAAAAACCGGCUUUCAAUUUGGAACUGUUCAAUGCGUUGAAGGCAUUCUCAGACGAAAUGGAGGAACGAAAAGCUGAAGGCGACGUGGUUGAGGGACAGAACGACUCAGCUUUAUUCGAUCCAUUAAACCCUUGUGCUCACUUCAGCGGCAAUUGGACACAUUUCAACGGCUCUUGCUAUAAGAAAUUUCACGUGGACAUGAUGCACGCUGCAUCGAAAGCUCUAUGCGAGAGAAAGAACGCAAAGCUGGCAUCGAUUCACAGCCAAGAGGAGCAGGAUUUCGUUUUUAACGCCUAUGGACACAGCUGGAUCGGAUUGGAGAAAGUCAACGGCACGUGGACUUGGAGCGAUGGGAGUGCAAUGGAUUAUACGAAUUGGGGAUAUGCUAGAUGGGGAGAAGAUCAAGCGACGAUCUCCAACAGUGACACGGGCUUCUGGAGUGAGAGCCGAGCCGUCAUCGUGACUGGGCCGAUUUGCAGGAAAUCUCCUCGGUCA